AUGGCUACGCAAACCCUUACCCAGCAGUCUAUCUCUGCGACGCCCGUAACUAGGAGGUCCUAUGUAGACACUGCAAAGACCGCACAGGCGAGUGUGCAUGAUGCCAUCCCAGCUGCCUGGCGGCUGCCAGAGAACAUCAUCUCGGCGGCAUCGCCUGGAAGAGGCGGCAUCAAGGUCGUCGAUAUCCCCCGGACCUGUGGACUCCUCAACAAAGAGCAACUCGAGAUCACAGAGCAGACAGCCACGGAACUUGUCGCCAGAAUGACAGCUGGACACCUAUCAAGCGUGCAAGUUACCGAGGCAUUCUGUAUAAGAGCUGCAGUUGCCCAUCAGCUGACAAAUUGCCUCACAGAGUUCUUCCCCGAGGAGGCUCUUGCCACAGCGGCGGCUCUGGAUGCCCAUCUCCUUGAAACAGGCCAGCCCAUGGGUGCUCUCCACGGCCUGCCGGUAUGCAUCAAAGACAUGUAUGAUGUGAAGGGCCACCGCACAACCAUGGCAUUCGUCGGCUGGUACGACAACAUUGCCACCCAAGAUUCCGCCAUUGUCCGCAUCCUUCGUGCCCAGGGUGCUGUCAUACACUGCAAGACCACAAUGCCGCAGACUGGCAUGAUGCUUGAGUCCACUUCGUGGCUUUGGGGACGAACAAGCAAUCCUUUCAACACCGCUUUGGUCCCAGGCGGCUCUUCGGGCGGCGAUGGAGCUUUGAUCGCCAUGAAAGGCAGCCCCAUAGCGCCCAGCUCUGACAUCGGAGGCUCGAUUCGGGUUCCAGCUGCUUACAAUGGGCUCUAUAGCCUGAAACCCUCAGCCGACAGAAUUCCACGCGGCGGCUUGAAGAGCCCGGCCCCGGGAAACAUCUCCAUCAAAGUCUCAUGCGGCCCGCAGGCCCACAGCGUCGCUGAUGUCAAGAUGUUCACUAAAGUUAUCAACGCCUACCCCAACGCGAAGUUUGAGGCCAACGUCGUGCCUAUGCCGUGGAGAGAGCUCUCGACACCGAAGCACAAGCUCAGUUUCGGACUGUGGGAGACUGACGGCGUAGUGCAGCCUCAUCCGCCAAUCCGGCGAGCACUUCGAGAGACCGCACAGAAGCUUAUUGUUGCAGGUCAUCAAGUAAUUCCCAUCAAGCUUCCAUUCGAUUGCUGGGAGAAUCUAGUCGUGACGAGGAAACUCUUCUUUCAGACAGGUGCUGAAGAGGUCAAGACAAUCUUGUCCACGGCAGGCGAGCCCAUGAAGCCAGGCGUCAAAUUUGCCCUCGAGACUUUCAACACUCGCCCACUCACAAUCAAGGAGCUCUUCGCAUGCAACACUCAGCAGACGAAGUACAAAGCGCAGAUGGCAGAGUUCUGGAGUGGGACUGCAGGGAACACAAGUACAGGAAGACCAAUCGAUGCUAUCCUAGGUCCCGUGAGUGCCGCGGUGGGUGCAAGGCAUGACGUGCCGGGGUACUGUGGUUAUACAAGUGUCUGGAACAUUCUUGACUAUCCUGCAGGAACCAUUCCGUUAAAGAACUUCAAGGUGGAUGAGACGAAAGACCCGAAGGACGUGGGCUAUGAGCCUACGACGUUUGGUCCGUACGAUCGGAUGGUCCAUGAAAUGUGUAAGGUCCCCAAGUCUUGA